AUGGAAAAUGUUGAGCUGUCUUGUCCGCAGUGCAAAAGUAAUUCAUACAUAAAUCCCAGCAUGAAGAUAUUUGUCAGUCCUUGCUACCACAGUUUGUGCGAGAUGUGCGUCUCAAGGUUAUUUGCAAAUGGCCCAAAUAAAUGUCCAGAGUGCGGAAUUUCCUUGAGAAGGUCUAACUACAUGAGUCAGACAUUUGAGGACGUGUGCAUAGAAAGAGAGUGCAGAAUAAGGAAGGUGAUUUCGUCGCAGAUGGGAAAGAACUUGGAGGACUAUUCUGAUGAAGAGGACUACAAUGACUACUUGGAGCAGGUGGAAGAGAUAGUCAUUGAACUAUCAAAGCUAAAAGGACCGAAAGAGGUGGCUGCGCGUGUGCAGGAAAUAAAAGAACAGCUAGGAAGAGAGAAAAGACCCACUUCAAAUGAGUGCGUAAAAAGAAGAAAGAUCGAAGAGAAUGUGCUGGCGCAGCUGCCAGAGAUCUCAGUUGCAGUGUGCGAGUAUUUAUUUCCACCUGAGGCAAUUGAUUAUAAAACAAUCCCAUACGGGGCUGUCUAUUUUUCAGCACCCACUAAACUCAAAGACUAUAAGUCACUCGCAGAAAUAUUAGUGCAAAGAGCAUCUGCCUCCUUAAAAACACCAAAUUUGUAA